UACACAGUUGGCGCAAGUGGGCUAGCUGAUGGAGCCUGGAUCAAGGGCACCUUCAAGUUCUACUCGGAUUGGGCUCUGUUUCAGACGUCAGAUCCAAGACAGGACAACUAUGUUUCGGCCGAGUACAUCCCUGGUGAUCUCCAUCCUGGCCAAACCGCCGCAACGGUGCAGUCUCUUGCGGUCCGGUUUGACCAGAAAGGUCACGAACGACCUUUUCAGAAGGCUGUCAUCAUUGACAUUGUUGACGGGUAUAUGAACCCUGGGGAUAAGAUUGUGGUCCGUCUGGGGGAUAGACGAUGGGGGGCACGAGGCACCCGCGUUCAGUCGUUUGUCGAGGAAAGCUUUCUCAUGAGAUGGUAUAUUGACCCAGUGGGAACCUCUAGGUUUGCACCCAUCAAACCAGACAUUGCUUUGGCCAUCAAGCCUGGAGCCAUUUCCAAGGUCAAGGCCAUUUCACCUCGCCUUGUCAGGGCGGGUGUGCCUUUCCCAAUCCACGUUCAUACUGAGGAUGCUUGGGGAAACGCGACAGCCAACAUCGAGGGACUAGAGACUCGGAUCAGUAUUGCGAAAGAGGGCUCUAAUUAUACGGAUUGGGAACAAAAGCUGCCCUUGCCAAGUCGCGGGUGGACGGUAGCAAAUUCGACUGCCUCUCUGCUUGCUGAUGGCGACUAUAUUCUCUCCGUCUUAGUAGUUGAUCGGAACGGAGACAUAGUCCAUACUACUUCAGAUCACAUCACGGCCGAUGCAACGCUCCCCGUUCGUCGCACUCUGUUUGCAGAUCUCCAUGUACAUUCCGAUGACACAGUGGGCACCAAUUCGACCACCUACAACUUUUCAUAUGCCCAAAAAGUCGCCGGGCUCGAUAUCGUGGGCUAUACAGCGAAUGACUUCAACAUCACGGCGGAAAAAUGGGACAAGACUCUCGAAAUUAUCAAGGACAUCAACUCUCAGGGAGAGUUUGUUGUGUUUCCCGGCACAGAGUGGUGUGGCAACUCUGCUGCCGGUGGGGAUCACAACGUCGUCUUCUUGGAUGACCCAAACAUCACAAAGCCUGAGUUUCCUCUUGACAAGAAUGGAAACGUUGCACGAAGCUUUGAGUGGAAUGAGGACGGCCCAGCAGAGCUGACCCCAGGCGCUUGGCCACUGGACGAAGUCUACGCAACGUAUGCCUACGCCCCCGAGAAGCACCUCUUGAUUCCUCACGUCGGAGGCCGUCGGUGCAACCUCGCCUGGCACCAUCCCAAACUUGAACGCCUACUCGAAAUCGGGAGUGCCUGGGGGCUGUUCGAGUGGCUUCUUCGGGACGCGGUGCAAAGGGGAUGGAAAAUGGGUGUGUCGGCCAACUCAGAUGAGCACCGAGGUCGAUGCGGAGGAGGCGUCCCGGGAACAGCCGUGUUUGGCACAAAGGGAGGGUUGACAGGUGUUUUUGCUGAAAACUUGGACCGGGCUGAUGUAGCAGCGGCACUUCGAGCGAGGAGAACAUUCGCCACAACUGGAGAGCGACUGGUUGGCUUCGUGCGUACCAAAGACGGCCAGAUCCAAGGCGACGAUAUAAUCACAAAGAUUGGCGAGACCAUCACUCUAAACUACGGCUUUUAUGGAUCAAACGGCUUCUCUUCAGUAGAGGCUUGGGAUGCCAGCGGGCAGAUCUUCCAUCGCAAUCUCCAGCAAGAGGCAACGGAAGCAGCACCUCCUAUGACGCCGAGGAAGAUGCGUGUGAAAUGGGGAGGCGCGCGUCUCUACGACAGGUAUCGAGAAGCUGUCUGGCAAGGGUCGAUUCUCGUCUCCGAUGCUACAAUUUCCCACGUGCAGCCAUUCGGUGGCGUUCUGGACAAUCCUGAAGAAGUGGUCGAGUUGAGAUCAGAGACCCAAGUCAUCUUCAAUACGCACACAAGCGGCGACUUUGACGGCGUGGACAUCUUCUUCCGCUCAGACUCCAAGGUGCCCUCUACCAUCAGUAUAUCAGGGCUGCUAGGAGGAUACGUCAAGGUUGGCAACGCCCUGGCCGGCAAUCCGCAUAAACCGCAGCCGGAAUUCAAUCUGCUCGCAACCGCAGCCGAAGCCAGCCGUGUUGGCGGGAAGCAACUCCCAAUCAAAGGCGGCGCGGAACUCUUUGUAUCCAUUGAGGCUUUGGCAGAUUUGUCGCUUCCAAGGCGAGUGGAGGGCGACUUUUCUCUCGCCAGCAGCGGGCGGGUCGUGGGCGAGAAUCAGGCCAUCUACUUUGUUGGAAGGGAGUUUAGUGGAGGAAAGGUGAUCACAAGUCCAGUAUUUAUAGAAUAUCAGGCUUAGCUCGUCGGUAUGCAGAUGCAGAUGCUCAAUUUAAUUGCGAAAUAAAUCUCCAAGAAUUGCGUUCCG